AUGCAGCGCAGAAGCGACGAGUCAGCAGCAGCAGCACGCCAAGCGGGUAUUGAACACUGUUCUGACGAGAGAGAAGACGAGAGGCGAGAAGAGACGACCGAAGAGCAGAGGAAAAGGAGUGUGAAACUGAACACCGAAGAAAUCGAAGAUUCCCAGGCACUCAGGCACUCAGGCAUCCAGGCAUCAGCACAGACCACGCGCCAAAGUGGAAAGUGCGAAAUCCCAAUAUGGAUGCCAUCAUCUUCGUCUCGCCGAUACCCCUCCUCCCUCUUGGUGCACCACGAUAUGUCUUUCUUUGGGUUCGACACCUCCCUGCCGCGAGAUCGGCAGGCUGGUCAGCAAUCCAGAGGCAUCUUCGAAAACCCAGACCCGUUCGCUGAGGUUGCCCGCGCGCAAGCUCAGGGCUUCCACGACGGCGACGACGAUGCGAUCGACUUUGAGGACACCUACGACGGCCUCGGCGACCAGCUCGACACCGACCAAGAUGCCUUCAACGACGACACAUUCGGUGGCGGAGACAGUGUCGGGAAAGAUUUUGACUUCUUUGGCACUACAGCCCAGAUAUCCGAUGUCAUGACCGAAGAGCAGGUUCUGUACAACCUUCAGAACCCCAAAUCGUCAGCUCCUUUGCCGUUAAAUGAGACUGCCGCGCAAGCUCCAGCGCCAGUGUCAGCGCCAUCUGUUCCUCGGUUGCCCAAAAAGACUGGCUACGAGAGAUACCAGGAUCCUGGCUUCAUCCCUGAGAUAACGGCAAAAUCAAGCGUUUGGGGGACGACUGCCCAGCCCAAGAAACAGCAGGUUGCUGAACCUGCUCCUGCCGUGGCGGCGCCCGCACGGAAAAUGCUGAGUCUGGAGGAAGUUGAAGCCCAGUUGCGACAGCAGCCUCCGCACCCCUCACACCUCGCACAGCCAAUGCCAAUGCCGCGCGGUCAGCAGAUGGCUCCUCCGCCAGAAGCCUUCCCACCCAUAGCAGCGGCUGAGUUGAUGGCACUUGAACAACAGGCUUUGGCUAUGGGCAUCUCGCCGGCACAGCUUCUACAGCGGCUGCAACACAUUCCACCUGGGCAGUUCAUCCCCGGUCCCCCUGGACCACAGCAGGUUCCAUUGCCCAGACAACCGUCUAUUCCGCCACAGCAGCAACGUCAACCAGCUGCUCCCCCGCCGGCUCAUAGACCGCAGCAGCCCUCAUUGGCCCCGCCUCCAUCGGAUGUCCCGGUCAUCACUGAUCCUCAACAGUUAAUGAAUCUUACAGAGGAACAGCGGAUGGCCUAUUUGAUGGAGGAUGCAAAGCGCGCCAAGCGCAACCAUAAGAUCUUCCUACUUUCCCGUGGUAACGGCUUGAUGACACCGCAAGAUAAAAAUUUCAUUACCCGGAUCCAGCUGCAACAGCUUGUCGCUGCUACGGGAAAUAUAAACGAUCCGGAUAUCGAGUCGCUCUUAUCAGAAGACUUCUAUUAUCAGGUCUACAGUCAGAUACGUGGUGCGCCACGCCAGCACCCUCGCCAACCUCUCGGCCACUUCGCCCAGACAUACCUUUUCCAGACUGGAAACCGCACUGGCGGUCAUGGCCGGCGACAAUACCAAAAUGCGGAUAACCACAUGCAGCGCAUGCAACAGCAAGUACAGCGUGCUGUCGAGGCGGCCAAGGCAAAGCCUAAAAACCAACAACUUAUAAUCGAAGGCAGCCUGGGAAGGAUAUCAUUUAGCAAUGCGAAGACUCCGAAACCAUUAUUAAAUAUCAAGAGACCCGAGGGCGCAGAAGGCAUGAAGCCUAAGCGUACAACAGCAGAUCUCAGCGCCAGUGAUCGAAAGUCCGUUUUGAACAACAUUGAGAGUGUUUAUGAUAUCUUGAUGAGAAUGGAGGACCUUGAACGGACGAUGCCCCCACCGCCAGAAGAAAGUGAUCCGCAGUCUGUUGAGAUGCACAUGAAGUGGAGACAGAACAUGCAAGCACUAAACUCGAAACUUUGGCAAAGCAUGCGAGUACUUGAGCCCAUUGUGCCAGGCUCUUCGGUGCCGCACCCCUUCAUCGCUUUUUUGUCAUACCCGAAAGGCAAGAAAGCUAUACCUCGUCUUUUCCGCCAAAUUGACCAGGAACAACGCAUCACCGUAUUGACCAUGAUUGUCGUGAACCUUGACACGUUGGAUGUAGUUCGCAAGGGGCUCCUGAACCCGGGUGAGACACAAUUACCGGCUGCAUCCCGCGAGGAUAUCGAAUUAUUCUCCCAAGCCGUUAUGCCUAGUCUACUUGGUUAUGUUAACGAGGCAUCUUUUAACAUUAUCAUCGGCCUCCUUGGCCUCGUGCUUGCCCAAACGCAUGUCCAAUUUGUGGCUAGAACUAGGGUUGGGUUAGGAAUCAUGACCAUGCUACUCAGUCGCGCAGCAAUAAUCAAAGAAGCCGGGCAAGCGGAAGAAUACGACUGGCAGCAAUGGAUUGAAAAGUUCAACCAGCUUUUCGAUGCUUUGGAGCCUGGACUAGCUGAUAUUUUCCCUGGAACUAUUAACACUGGGGACGACAUGUACGUUUGGCAGUUCCUGGCAGCAAUUGGUAUUGGAGCCAGCCAGGAGCAACAGCAGCGACUUGUGAUUGCUGUGAAGGAUCGAGUGAUGGAGACCGUGGCUCAGAGCAAGACUCUUCCGGCCGAUAUGGCAAGCCAGCGCCUCAACAAUGUCAACUUAUUCAUGCGCGCUAUCGGACUCGACGUUGAGCUCCUUGGCUAG